AUUUAUAUUCUUUGCAGCACUAAGUAUUUACAGUUUAUAGGUACUGUUAAAUAUAUGUACCUAAUAAAGUAAAUUUUAAUAUACCGAGCUACCAAAAACGUUUAAGCGCCAAAUUUUAUACAUCCCAAUGCUCAAAUAGUUAUUAAGUUAUUCGUUUAUUUUCAAACCUUUGAACCGCGGUAACCUCAAACAACACACAAUAUUUAGUGUUAAUGCAAUGGAUAACAGUAAUAAAAUAGUACCACCACAUUUAAAUGCUGAAGUUUAUCGAACUGAUACGACUGGAACAAGCACGCAGUCAUUUUUAGACUACAUCCGUAUACACAAUGAUGGGACACUAUUGGUUGGAUGUUCAGAACUAACCGGAAGGUACUGGAAUGGUGGAGCAAACAUUUUUGACAAGGCUAAACAGGGUAAAAAUGUUGGUAGUGGAACGAAAAAAUGUAUUUACCUCACCAGCGGCACUGCUGAUGGGUGCUUUAUUGAGAGUUCCAAUAAGAUUUUAUUAUGUGAAGACAGUGGAGCGGUGAGUAUAUGGAAUAACAAAGAUGAUGCUUGGAAGCAAUGGAGUGAAGAACUAUCUGUGGCAGAACACGAUGGUGGUGUAAUGGCAGUGGACUGUCUUAGCCCUGGCAAAGAAUAUGUUACUGUUGGAGCAGAUGGCAAUGUGAAGGUUUGGGAUAUUAUUGAUCUGAUUUGCAUGAGAAAUUAUAUAGCAGCACACAAUAGGCCAAUUUAUGGUCUUUCAACACGCCCGUCUUCACUUACAAGCUUUGCUACAGGUUCCUUAGACUAUUAUAUAACGCUCUGGGAUGAAAAUGUUUCCAAACCUGUAUUAGAUCUUUUAAAAAAUGAUUGUGGCAUUCGCUGCUUGCAAUGGUAUGACGAAGAGCACAUCCUUUUUGGUGAUGAAUCUGGAGUUUUAAGUUUGAUUGAUGUAAGAAAUCCUGAGAACAAAAUAAAACUCGCCGAGUUUCCUGCAGCCAUACAUAAAAUUAAUAUACAGCCAGCAUGUAAUCGAGUUUCUGUGUGUUGUGAUAACAAAAUUGUAUCGGUCUUCAACAUCACGGACGAUCUUAAAUUAAAUCUGAUUUAUAAUAACAGAAAUUUACAUAGUAAUUUUGUCAGGGGAAUGGCUUGGGAUGUAGAUGACAGAAGUCUCUUACACACAGUUGGCUGGGAUGGAGAAAUCAAGACGCACAAUGUAACAUGAUCUAAGCAUAAAAUGAAUAAAAAAUAAAAAUCAUAA